GAUAAACAGGGUAAUUUAACACUAUACUGUCAUAAUUCUGGCGAAUUUACACCGAAUAUAAAUACAGGUGCCGGUGACAUCGAAUCACUACUUACAGUAUAGCGUCUGGCUUCAACCACGGAUUCACGAAGUGCUCACAGUCUUUAAAAAACCGUUGCUCUGCCUUUAUUCAUUUACAUUUUGAAAGGCCAAAUUCGACGUUGCGAAAAAUCCAGUUUCCAUCGCGGUUGGAGUCCCCUAUAUAAGAGACCAUUUCAAACAUCCAAGAUUCUCCGAUCGAGAUGGCAAAAUUCGCUCGACUUGCAAUAUUCUGUGUCGCUUUUGUGGUGUCGUCGACCUCGUGCGACGUCACGUCCGGUACUGGCACCUGCGACUGCAGUGAAGCCAUAAAACGUCUCCAGAAGUCCCUGGACAAUCUGAAUGACAUUUUAUCCCAGUCGACAGUAGUGAUUACGAGGAACCAAGCUGCCACCAGCUGCCCGAAUGAAAUUAAGACUUACCAGAAAGCGCACUACAAAGUAAUUGAAGAAGAUGGCGCUAGAUGGCGCUUGUUUUGGUGGUACAAAGCCAAUACCACGUGGCCAGCACUGGUGUCUGACGUCCUUCAAGACAAGUAUGGAGACUGCGAUGCUAGUGCCCCAUACUGUUUUGGUCGCCUCCCAGAAGCUCUAAUGGAGAAUCAAGCCGAGAUGUUGGGCAUCGACUCAGCAGACAAUGCUUAUAGGUGGAAGUUCAAUUCCAACAAUCGAGUGUCCCAUGCAGUAUGGGAGGCAUUCCACGAUCAUAAAGAUGCGCAAGUCAAGAACGUCGAUGUGUGGAACCCGAAGGUGAUAAGAGGAACUGCACCCAAAGCUGCCCAAGACAGCUUCCAUUAUCGUAUGGAGCACGGCGUGAGGUCACUUCAAAUUGAUGACGACAACUGCGAUUGCCUGACGUCACUAAGCAUGGGCCAUGGAAUGUGUUUGGAAGGAUUCAGUACUCAGUAUGGCCCGGAAAACGUGUACGGGGUUGAUCUACUGUAUGACACUUAUUGUAACACACCAAAGCCAAGCAAUGGGUUGUUUCUGUAUUUCAGAGAUGAUGACGACUGCAUGAACGUAACCUGCCCGGCUAACAAAGUUUGCGUGGACGGCAUCUACUCCUACGUUUGUGUCGACGCCUAGACAUGCAUUAUUAGAUCAAAUACCUUCAUACACCCUUUGUGCUAUUUGCAACAACCUACAAAUGAUAGUAAU